CUGAGGCAGAGUCGCUGCUCUCUCAUUCCAAAUCCGUCACUGUGAGCGAUUCUUCGUUACAGGAGCGAGAUGAUCAUUGUCGUCGAGGAAACGAGGAGCGAAAGCAGAGAUACCCAUCAGAACAGGAACACAGGAGAGAGAGAAGCAGUGACAGAGACAGGCACAGAGACCACUCGGACAGACGGAGGAAUCCAAACGAGAGGCCUGGCGCUCGAGGCCACGAGCGAGAGAGGGACGCGCAGAACAUCCGCGAGCAGCAGGCAGAGAGGGAGUUUUACAACGAGAGACGCCGAGAGCAUCGGCAAACUAACGAAGGCAGUGGUGUCGGCCAGAAUCCCGAACUCGGGCAGUCUGAUAACAAAGCCAAAGAAAAAGCUGCUGUAAACAAAGAGAAGCCGAGCUUUGAACUGUCCGGUGCGCUUCUGGAGGACACCAACACUUUCCGAGGCGUUGUCAUUAAGUACAGUGAGCCCCCUGAAGCUCGCAUUCCCAAGAAGCGGUGGCGCCUCUACCCUUUCAAAAACGACGAGUUCCUCCCGGUCAUGUACAUUCACAGGCAGAGCGCGUAUCUGCUGGGCAGGCACCGCAGGAUCGCGGACAUUCCCAUCGACCACCCCUCCUGCUCCAAGCAGCACGCGGUGUUUCAGUACCGGCUGGUGGAGUACACGCGUGCCGACGGGAGCGUUGGGCGCAGGGGGAGGCACGAGUCCUCGGAUAAGUCUGAGGCCAACACGAAGGACGAUGAUGAUGACGAGGAGAAGGAGGAAGAGUCUGACAGUUAA